CACAUGGUGCGAGCGAGCGUCAGAGCGAUACAGUUCGCUCGACGGUGUGCAACGACCCGUUCAUUACCCGACGAUUGCGAAAUAAUUAAUUUCGACAGGCCAGUCAGGGAGGCUUAAAAUUUUCCAAACAGCGCUUCCUCACGUUCGAGUAAAUCCACCUUUAAGCCUCAAAAUAUAACUGUGAUAGGUGUGAUGUGAGACGUAUGUCUCUCACAAAUUAGUGGAGCAGCGUCUAACGUUAAUUGACGAUGACUGAGUUUCUUCGUCAAAAUAAUUGAUUGUGCAAGGCGUUUGUUGACCCGCUGUGUCAUCGUUUCGCGAGGAUGGGCGCGGGAAAGAGUCAAUUCACGGAGGAAGAGUUGCAGGACUAUCAGGACUUAACGUACUUCACUAAAAAGGAAGUCCUAUACGCGCAUCAGAAAUUCAAGGCGCUAGCCCCGGAGAAGGUUGGACACAACAAGAACGCGAAGCUGCCGAUGUCCAAGAUCCUGCAGUACCCCGAACUGCGGGUGAAUCCUUUCGGCGACAGGAUCUGCAAGGUCUUCAGCUCCAGCCAGGACGGCGACUGCACGUUCGAGGAUUUCCUGGACAUGAUGUCCGUGUUCAGCGACGCUGCUCCGAAAGCCGUGAAGGCCGAGCACGCGUUUAGAAUAUUCGAUUUUGACGGCGACGAUAUGCUCGGCGUGGGCGACCUACGGCAAGUGGUCGACAGAUUAACCGCGCCCCAGAGACUGAACGACAGCGACAUGCAGCAGCUGCUCCAGUACAUUCUCGACGAGGCCGAUCUGGAUGACGACGGUGCGCUCAGCUUCGCCGAGUUUGAGCACAUUAUUGAGAAGAGCAGCGACUUUUCUAAGAGCUUUCGCAUUCGUUUAUAAAUGUAUCAACGAAUUCGCCAAUGAAAGACUGAACGUUAAUCGACCAUCUAAUUAUAACAGCAAAUAUGGGCCUAAUGCAUACUUCAGAAGAGAAAAAAAAAACACGACCAA